CAACAACAGAGACUCAAAGAGGAACAGGGGGCCUCCUCCUCCCUUCAGGUCCCGGUGACCCGGACGCAGCAGACCGGUUGUUUUCCUUCCUGCUGGCCGGGCUGCAGAGCUCUGUCCCGGGAUGUCUGAGCACGGAGCCCCGCCGGGCUGCGGGCUCCGGAGCCUGACGGAGUCCGUGUCGGAGCAGCUGAGGCGGGUCGGGGAGGAGGUCCUGGCGCUGCUGGAGAAGCGGAGCGGCUCCGGGGGGUCUCGGGGCUCCGGGGGGUCUCGGGGCUCCGGGGGGCCCCGGGGCUCCGGGGGGGCCCGCCGCCUGCUGCUCCUGGUCCGGAGGCUGCUCCCCGAGCGGCUCGCCGCGGCGGCGGAGCGGGUCGUCGGGCUGCUGGAGCGGGAACUGGACCAGUCCCGGCGGCAGCUGGAGCGGCAGAGCCGGAUCCUGGAGGCCCUGCUGAGCCCCGCGGUCCGCCUGCACCGGACAGACGCCGUCAGGACGACCUGCGACCCGCCGCCUGGCCCCGCCCACACGGCCCCGCCGCCUGGCCCCGCCCACACGGCCCCGCUCAGCUCCGCCUCCUCCGACGCCUCUGCAGCCGGCAGCGCCGCCGGGCGGGGACGCCACGACUCCUCCAGCGAUAAAGAAACGAACGGGGGACGGCGGGCGGGUCACCGCUGCAUCGUCUGCGGGAAAAGUUUCCGCCACAGAGCGAAUCUGGUGAAACACGCCGAGACGCACGCCGACAGGACGCAGUGUGGCGUCUGCGGCGAACACGGCGAGUCCUCCGAGCGUUUGUUUGACCACCUGAAGUCCCACAGAGAACCUGGCGGCGGUGGCGGCGGCGGCGGCGGCGGCGGUGGCGGCGGUGGCAGCGGUGGCGGCGGCGGCGGGACGUGUGAGAUCUGCAGGAAGACGUUUCGGAACAUGGAGACACACAUGCGGAGUCACACGGGAGAGAAACCGUUCCGCUGCGACGCCUGCGGUAAGAGCUUCCCGCGGCCCGGAGCGCUGCGGCGCCACAAGAAGAUCCACAGCCGCACGCCGGCCGUGUGUCCGGUCUGCGGGCUGACCUUCCCCCACAGCCGCCUGCUGCAGGUCCACCUGAAGACCCACGAAGAGGACGCCGCCCCGGACGGCGCCCAGCCCGAGGCGCCGAAGAGAGGUGGCGGGCGGGCGCCGGCGUCCUCGCCGUGCUGCAGAGUGUGCGGCGACUCGUUCCACAGCCGAGGCUUCCUGAGGAAACACGCCGAGACGCACUGCAGGGACGCUCGUGGCGUCUGCGGCGUCUGCGGGCAGCAGCUGGACGCGCCGGACGCCAUGCUGACUCACCUGCGGUCCCACAGAGAGGCGGGCGGGACCUGCGGCGUCUGCCGGAAGACGUUCCAGAACAUGGAGACGCACAUGCGGAGCCACACGGGGAUCAAACCGUACCGCUGCGCCGUCUGCAACAAGCGCUUCCCCCGGCCCGGAGCGCUGCGCCGCCACAAGAAGAUCCACAGCGGCGAGCGGCCACACGCCUGCCAGCGCUGCGGGAAGACGUUCAUCGAGAGCAGCGCCUUAAAGACGCACAUCAGGAGUCACUCCGCCGAGGACGCCGCGCCACCACCACCGGACCCUCAGAGCCUGACGGAGACGGAGGAGAGUCGGCGUGGCGCCGAGGACGCCACGGCGUCCGGCCAGACGUCUCACUGCUGUCAGGUCUGCGGAGAGUCUUUUCAGAGUAGAGGAAGUCUGAGGAAACACGCCAAGAGUCACUCGGCGGCGUCCGUCUGCGGCAUCUGCGGUGAAAGUUUCCCGCCGUCCGAGACCCUGACGGACCACCUGCAGACGCACCGAGACGCCGCCAAAAUCUGUCACAUCUGCGGUAAAACCUACCAGAACAUCGAGACGCACAUGCGGAGCCACACCGGCGUGAAACCGUACCGCUGCCCCGUCUGCGGGAAGUCUUUCCCCCGGCCCGGCGCCCUGCGGCGCCACAAGAGGAUCCACAGCGGCGAGCGGCCGUACAUCUGCGAGUUCUGCGGCAAGACGUUCAUCGAUAACGGCGCCCUGAAGACGCACGUCAGGAACCACACGGGGGACAACCCGGCGCAGCGCGUCUCCUGCGAGACCUGCGGGAAGAGCCUGGCGUCCGUCCACGUCCUGGAGGUCCACAAACGGAUCCACACCGGCGAGAAGCCGUUCCUCUGCCGCGUCUGCGGGAAAGCCUUCAGGCAGGUGGGAGGGCUGAACGCCCACACGCUGACGCACACCGGCGAGAAGCCGUUCAGGUGCGGCCUCUGCACCAAGAGCUUCAGCACCAAAGGUUACCUGGAGACGCACGUCCGCUUCCACCGCGAGGAGCGCGCCUUCAGCUGCUCGCUGUGCUGGAAGGCCUUCGUCACCAAGAACGACCUGAAGAAACACCUGCUGACGCACAGCGGGGAGAAACCCUUCGGCUGCCGCGUCUGCGGGAAGAGCUACCAGGAGAAACGCUCCCGGGACGCCCACAUGAAGGUCCACCUGGACGCCCGGGAGCCAAUCAGGAAGCAGGACGGCCAGGAGCCAAUCAGGAGGCAGGACGGCCAGGAGCCAAUCAGGAGGCAGGACGGCCAGGAGCCAAUCAGGAGGCAGGACGGCCAGGAGCCAAUCAGGAGGCAGGACGGCCAGGAGCCAAUCAGGAGGCAGGACGGCCAGGAGCCAAUCAGGAGGCAGGACGGCCAGGAGCCAAUCAGGAGGCAGGAUGGCCAGGAGCCAAUCAGGAGGCAGGACGUCCCGCCGCCUAACUUCAUCCAGCUGUAGACUGAAUCCCAGAGCGGUUUUUACAGCUCCGUUUACUGGUUCUAACAGUUUUUUUUACUGGUUUUACUUUUAAAAACUUUUUUUUUUACUGGUUUUACUUUUUAAAACUUUAUUACUGGUUUUACUUUUUAAAACUUUUUUACUGGUUUUAACUAGCUUUACUGGUUUUUAACUGGUUUAACUGGUUCUUUUUACUGGUUUUACUGUUUUUUACUGGUUUUUAACUGGUUUAAAUAGUUUUAAUGGUUUUACUGGUUUUAAAUGGUUUUUACAGUUUUUUCAAACUGGUUUUACUGGUCACUUGGUUCCUUCAGACUGAUGUUUCACACAAACUUUUUAUUUAAAAAACAUGAACUCAUAUUUCCAGAUGAUUUCCAGCUGAAACGUUUUAUUAUUUUUUUAUUAUCUGUUUGUUUUCAGUUCGUAAGUAAAUAUUUAUUCUAUCUGUUACUUUAUUCUGAAAACAGUCUGUGAUCCUCCUCUGGCUUUAUAUUUUGUAUUUUAUGUUUUUAUUGAUCAAAUGUUUUUCUGAUAUUUUUUGAGGAAGUUCAGGAAAAAUAAAUCAAUUUCUUCCAAAAGAUAACAAGUUUGUUUUCCUCCAUUAGGCUGUAAAAUGUUAUUAUAUAAAAUAAAUAAACAAUAAUAAUUCAAGCUGCGAGCUGCGUUUAACGGGUUACUUCCUGUCGCCAACAGGGGGCGCUAUGACUUUGUGUGAAUAUUGAUGUUUGGCUGUUUAAAGGCUUCUCAUCACACAUGACACAUUUGGGUCAGAUUUGACAAUGUAUACUCAACUUCCUGUACAUGGCGAGUACUACAAAGGCACCACGAUGCCACGCCCACAUACGUUAAAAAAUAAAAAUUCUGUAAAUAUCGUUUAAUCACAGAAGUCUUAAGAUGAUACUGACCAAGUUUAAAGUGAGUUAAAGAACAGAGCCUGGAAAUGGCCCAAGAUAACCUCAAUUUACUCAUUCAAUUCAAGAUGGCCGACUUCCUGUUGGGUUUAAGGUACGAGUCCAAGACGCUUUUCUGAACGUCGACUCAUGCUGCAUCUGUGUUCCCAAUUCAGUUUCUCUUCAUUCAUUCAAUAUAUUCAAAGAUUC